AUGCUGCGCCUCUACGGCCCGGGGAGGCGCAAGGCAGCUGAAGGCAACGCGGGGGCCCAGGACUCCUCGGGGGGUUCUCCGGGGGCUUCAGCUGCUGCAGCAAAUGACGCAGCAGCAGCAGCAGCAGCAGCAGCAGCAGCAGCAGGGGGCCCCCGUCUGCUGCCGAGCGACAUCCGCCUGCAGAAGGACCUGGAGGACCUGGACCUGCCGCCGAACUGCACGCUGCUGAGCCUGCCAGCAGCAGCAGCAGCAGCAGCAGCAGCAGCAGCAGGGGGGCCCCCCUCGGAGGAACUGGGGGGGCCCCCCACCUUUCUUUUGUCUCUUGUUCCUGACGAAGGGUACUGGAGAGGAGGCCGCAUUCGCUUCAACAUUAGACUGCCUCAAAACUACCCCCACGACCCCCCCAAAGUGUACCACCCGAACAUCGACCUGCAGGGCAACGUGUGUCUCAACAUUUUGAGAGAAGACUGGAAGCCAGUGUUGUCUCUUUCCUCUGUGAUCUACGGGCUGCUGCACCUCUUCCUCGAGCCGAACCCCAACGACCCACUGAACCAAGAAGCUGCUGCGACUUUGCGCAGCGACCCCACAACUUUUGAACAGCGGGUGAGAAGCAGCAUGAGGGGCUUCUCCAUAGGAAAUGUAGCCUUCACCCCCAUCAUAUAG